AAAGGUGAAAAAGAUUACAAUCGAAAAAAAGGAAAAGAUUAAUUCGGUCGUUCGUUCCGUUCUCUCGCGAGUGUGUGAAAAAUCGGUGAAAAUAGUGCUAAUUUGUGCGUGAAAAAUGCUCCACCAGCGUGGACAGGUUGCCUAGAACCGACGUGGCACCGAAGAACGUGAAAGAACCAUGAAUUGCCACCAAAUACUGAGCGGAGCCUGCAAUGCUGGCGAUCGUUGUUUUGCAGUCGGAUCCGUCGAAGGAGUCCCAUUCACUGCAUACGCUGCGGGAUGUAAUAUCGUUAUCCUAGCGAGUAACUUCGAGAGGGUGCAGAUUAUUCCGGGAGCUGUGCAUAAUUACAUACGGAUCUCGGCGCUCGAUUGCAGCACUGAUACGGGUAAAAUCGCUGCCGCCUACGAGGACAAAGUGUGCAUCUUCGAACCGACCCCCUUGAUACAUGGAGAACGACCCUCUUCGCACGGAUUGGAAUACAAAUGGGUCCAAACAGGAAGUCUACAAGCAACAUCGCACAUCAGUUCUCUUUCUUGGAAUUUGGAAGGAACACGUCUCUUAACCGGUGGUACGGUUUUGCAGCUUUGGCAUGAACGGCUUUCCAAGCAAGACGAUGAUGAACCCACUUCGGUCAAAUUUGAAAUCGGUGGUGAUCGAGACCCCAAAACUCCGACAAAUGAAGAGGAAUCCGACUCGCAUUGGGAUUGUGUGUGGAAGUGCCAUACGGCCACACCGGUGCAUCACAUGGCAUUCAGUCCGGAUGGAACGCUGUUUGCUACCUCCGGCAAAAGCGACCGUUUGGUCAAGGUGUGGUACGAGAACAAGCACAUAUUGUUCCCGAACAAAAGCUUUGACCAAUCGCAGUCGCAGAGUUUCUGUGACCAACCGGAGGUGGCCUAUGGAUUUGUGUACGUUGCCCAUCCGAGAGCAGUGACCCAUCUUUCAUGGCGCAAAACAAGCAAAUAUAUGCCCAAAGGAUCCGUGUCCAACAUGUUGGUGACCUCCUGCUUGGAUAACAUCUGCCGUAUAUGGGUGGAAACGGUUUUACCCGAUGACGGAUUGGUCAAUAUGAACCAAUUUGAUCCUCUUGCAUCACAAAAUCCAAAGUUUCGAACUCACAGACAUAAGCAUCGUUUCAUGCAGCGGUUGAAGCAUAUGAAAACAUGCUUCCACAUAAGACGUCACGUGAAGCACAACGGUCCAACUGGACUGAACGGACUGGGUGCAGGAUUUGGAGGCCCCGGAGCUAGUGCUGGUUUCGGCAAUCCUCCAAUUCCUACGCUACCCUCGACCUACAGUGUUCAUGAUUUUCACUCGUACGGUUACCACGGCACUGGAGUAACGCCAGGUUUGCAUUUCCAUCUAGCUGCUUCAAUCAAUGCCGAAACGGACAUCCCAUUGGUACCGUCGAUGCAUACAAAUGACCCAUCAACGCAACCUAACUUCAUUCUACAUUGGCUCAAUAACAAAGAGAUGCAUUUCUCUCUGCAAGCAGAGGCUAUUUUACAAGAUAUGACGAGAAAAGUUAUCGAAAAGGAAGAUUUACUGUCCAGUGCAAACAGCGAAGGACACUCGGAAGGACUACACGAUGACGAUUUACCGAACGAAGACAGCAAGAAAAAACCGAAAAUGAAAUCAACAUUUUCCCAAGAUGAGAGCAACAGUGAUGAGAAUCCGGCCUAUCCUGCUCAUCGUUCUCAUUCUGUUGGGGGUGGGUCGCAUACUGGACUACCAAGUCAUCACACGCUGUCGAAUACCACCUCUAUCAAUUCACUUGCCAACGAUGGUGGAAACAUCCACGUCACUGAUUCACUGGACAUGAAAAUCGAAUGUCUCCUACGAGAUUGGCAUCACAGCCCUGAUUUACUGUUCUCGAUCCACCCGAUCGAUGGAAGCUACUUGAUAUGGGUAGUUGAGUGGCUUGACGAAUAUCAUCCCGGUUCAUUCCGGCAAGCACAAGUUUCAUUCUCUACAAGGAUACCCUCUGCGUUUCCACUGGGAGAUGCAAUGUCGAUGUCCACCACAGUUGCUCUUUACAAUACCGGAGGAAAUCUGGGUUUCCGCGACAUGAUAGUCAAAGGACCGAAAGCAACCAAUGGCAGUAACGGCGGAAAUAACAAUCCAGACGUGAAUAGCGACACCGUCACAUCCCUUCCCAGUGUGCUGGAAGAAAACGAAGUCAACGAUGAAGAUAAUGACAACGACAAGGCUAGCGGCGCGGAUGAUGCCAAUUCUACAAAGGGUGGCGAUCCUGCGUGCAACGAUAAUGCUGCAGAACACACCGACAUUCUGACGGCACCUCCGUCACCGGUUAUUUCAAUGGUGACAAAGCAUUCGAACGGCACACUCAAUCUGUGGCAACUUACUUUCGCAGAUAAAAGCAAGUUCUCCCAGGUUCUAAGCAUUGGUCAUGCUUCGAGAGCAUCCGGCCAUCGCUUCCGAGUCAAUGACAUAACUUGCCACCCAGUGUUGCCGCUCUUGUUAACAACCUCCCAUCACAAUAUUCCAGACAUUCCUAGCACCAACGCCAGCUAUCCCGGAAAGCUAUCGGCAGAUCCUGAACAGAAAAAUCAUCGUCCCAAAGACAUAUGCACACCAUCCGGGUUCUGCUCCGAACUGAUACUGUGGCGUGUGGAUGCCGUUGGGCCACUGUCGCAAUCCGGAGGAGUAAGCGAACUAGCUCGCAUUAAUUCUCCGGAAAUAUCAGCGUUCAGCAACGUGGCUUGGAUUCCAACGCUUCUUCCAAGCACCACCUUGGGAAAUUUGAGCAACUCUCCAUCGGCAUGCUUUGUGGCAAGUGACGGCGAAAGCCUGCGGGUCUACCAAGCGGUUAUCGAUGCUAGGACACUUCUCGCUGAAAUUUCCAGCUCGGAAAGACGGUUCCGUCGAAUGGAUUCGAUGGUGUCGCUUUCGACCGAAUCGUCAUCCGAUAAUAUCCCAGUGACGCAGUCCGCCCUACACGAUAAGAUCAAAAUUGUUUCCCAGCAAUCAACAGCUAGACCCGGGUGUAUUAUACAGCUGGAUGCAAUAGACGACGCCACACACGACUGGCAAAAUACUCAGUUCCUUCACGUAUUCCAAGAGCAGCUUAUCACCGGCGAACGUUCCGAGGAGCCAAUAUUUGCUAGUGGCGAUAAUAACAAGCAUUUCGGUCUGAUGGAUGGUCAAAUGGGAGCCAUGGUGGAUUUGCAGCGAAACGCCCAAUUUGAAGAACCCUUCUACAUAGUCGUUCUGGAGCGCACCCAAAAUGGAACAACUGUGCACAUGUGGCGCAUUGUAAUUGCCUCUCAGCCAGCGGCACCGGAUGAAAUGAGCAGCAGCAUGAUGUACGUGCCCGAUAGUAACCUAGUUCAGGACUUGGACGACCCGGAAUUUAUCCACCGCGCUUCUAUGGCCGGCAUUCAGAUACCAGAAGACGCCAAGAUUCCCAUUGACCAGAGCCCUCACGUAAACAUUUCGACGACCAAAGUUUGCACUCAAGAAUUGCCCCUCCCCGAUGGUGUGGACGUAAUUCACGCAGCUCCGGCCGCCGGACAUCUAAGUUCUUCAUCAAUCUAUCCGGCUUGCUUUGCACCAUACAUCAUUGUAACGGCUUGUUCGGAUUCGACGGUUCGCUUCUGGAAGUGCAAAGCUCCCAAGAGUGACGCCAGUAUAGAGAGUAAACUAAACUUCAAAUACGAAUGGUUCGAAUGGGAAAUGAUACGAAAGGAUCAGGAGUCGACCAUUGACGUCAAUGGACAACUGUUGCACAUCAGUGCCGCUUACUCUGGAAGAAUCGCUUGUGCGUACAAGUACGGAAAAUCAUUCACAAGACCGACCAAAAGCAGCGAUCCGGAAUCACGCUACGUCAAUCUGUGCGUGGCUAUUUACGAAUGUGAAAGCACAGGAGGUAGCGAGUGGGUGCUAGAGGACACUAUUCAUUUGAAGAAUAUCCAUCUGCCGAGAAUUCAAGUUGAUCCACAUCUGGAUUUGAGCUACCUUUACGACAAUCGAACAUUGCAGAAGAAACAGAGAUUGAACCAAAUGUUGCAAACAUUGUCCCACGACGAAAUUCGCUCCAGUCGCAACGGCGAUGUCACUCCUGAGUCACUCGCCAAGCCUGGAUCAGGUUUGUUGGCAGUACCGAGCUUCAGCACACUGCAAUCAUUACGCAAGAGUAUCACUGAACACGGUAACACAUGCCCGCUAACCCAGAAGCAUCUCGUUCAACUGGACUGGGUCUCCAAAGAAGAUGGAUCUCACAUCCUUACUGUUGCAGUUGGUAGCAAGAUUAUGCUCUUUACUCCGGUUUCCAGUGAUCUGGCACAAUCCAACAUGAAAGCCAUGAAAGAAUCCCAAUCCUCAAACCGACCUCUCCUCAGGAAGGCAAGCUCCCUUGCCCAGCCCCAUUUCAACGAUGAAAUACGAUGGAUGAAGUUGCGUCAGAUAGAGCUACACACGGCAGACAGUCUGCCUCCAUUACCGAUGCAGAUUUCUUGGGUUCGCGAUGGUAUUUUUGUGGCCGGCAUGGACUCCGAAAUGCAUGUCUAUUCGCAGUGGAAGCCAGAGAACAACGCCAUCAACCACAUGGAUAUCGAAGACUUGUACGACAAUCGUUACUUGAAGGAUGAGGAUCUUCGUUCGCUGGCGCAGGAAAACACUCAGCGCCGUUUGGCAAACGUUUCGUCCAUGCCGGUCCUGUCGCGUGUCAGCUCCAUCAAUCUCCAGAUGCUCUCCAAUGAUAGCAAGAAGAAAAAGCCUGGAACGGCAAGUACUGGUCAACUCAACAGUGGUCAAGAACAGCAACAGCCAGUGCACGACUACAUGACGGAUUACGGUUUGUUCGAAGCGUCCAGGAUUGCUUGCCCUGUGUUGCCCCAAUAUCAUCCGAAACAGCUUAUGGAACUGCUCAACUCUGGUAAGAUUCGCUGGGUGAAAGCGAUCCUUGCCCAUCUGGUCCGGUGUAUCAGUGGUUCGUAUACUAUACGUGGCAGCGGUGGCGAUGAGGAGAGCCUCAACAGACAGCGUGGUUGGUCUAGAUCUCGCACACUUUCUGUUAGCUGUCCAGCAGGCACUGUUAGUCCUCUUGAACCGAGAGGAUCGACGACACAGAUUCCUGAAGAAUUAACCCUGGAUUAUGCUGAAAUAACGUCGAUUCCGCCACUACCAUUGUGGACCUUGUUGGCGGCUGAUAAAGAAACAGUUGGAAUUACUGCACAACAAAGCGAAGAGAUCAAGGACUACAACGAUCUGUUUGACAGCAAUGUCGUCGAUGAAUCACUGGACGAUUUGCUGGAAGACGAACCCGACAUUAGUCGCCACACUGAUCGCCGGUCUUCACUUCCCGAAAGACACUAUCUGUCCCAUUUCGGGCCGAGACAGGGUCAACUGUUGUCCCGUUUACUGACCCAUACCCAUCUUCCAGGACUUUCGUCUCUUGACCAGAUGCAUCUUCUAGCUCUUGCUGACACGGUGUCCACGUGCAAUACCGACUUUGCCGAACGAUUCGCAAUCGAUGCUGCCAAAAUUGCGAUUGCCAAGGAAAAUCUGACUGGGGUACCAAAUACCGAACCGGUUUCAACUGAUUCGCUAGAUGAUCGUGGACUGCGAUUUUUACUUGCUAUGAAACACUACAACUAUCUGCUCCGUUGCUUGCCAAUUGUUCAAAGACAGUCGUUCCAGCGGCAAGGAGUCGGAACCGCCAACAUCGUUUGGGCAUUCCACUCCGAAAGCGAAGAGGAAUUGCUAAACUUCAUUCCAUCGUAUUCGAAAGGUCAGCCAAAGUGGCACGUGUUGAAGGAAUUGGGCGUAGGUUGGUGGUUGAGAAAUAAUACUCUUCUGAGGCAGUGUAUCGAGCGAUUGGCGAAAGCAUCUUUCCAAGCCAAUCAAGACCCAUUGGAUGCAGCGCUGUAUUAUAUGGCAAUGAAGAAAAAAUCUGUUGUUUGGGGAUUGUACAGGUCGCAAAGAGAUGAAAAGAUGACAAUGUUCUUUGCAAACAACUUCAAUGAGGAUCGUUGGCGGAAAGCUGCCUUGAAAAAUGCGUUUGCCUUGUUGGGCAAACAGAGAUUCGAGCAUGCAGUGGCCUUCUUCCUGCUUGCAAAUUCAUUGAAUGAUGCUCUCGAAGUAUGUCUGACUAAAUUACAGGAUUUACAGCUGGCACUUGUUAUUACUCGUUUGUACGAAGGAGAACAUGACCCUACGCCUCCUAGUUUCAAAAGGCUCUUGUACGAAGAAGUGCUGGGUUGCGACAAGAAUGGCGAGAAUCAAGAUCUCAGUCGAGCCCAUCCUGAUCCAUUCCUAAGAUCAAUGGCUCUUUGGAUUCUGAAAGAUUAUUCUGGUAGUCUAAGUACAUUGUUGGAUAGCAAUAUUGGUAGUAUGCACCCACUAUUCGACGAUGAUAAUGCUACAACCAAUGCGGACGGAUCACAUGCCACCAAUCCAAAUGUAUUCAACUUUUACGUAUAUCUACGCACACAUCCCUUACUCAUUCGCCAGCAUAUUGCUUCUUCAGCUCAAGAUAAAAAGCGUGCGCAAGUCGUUCUUGCCGGGUUCAGCUAUGGCAGCGAAACGGCAUCUUCGACGAAACCUGGUCUUAGUACGGACAAGCAAAUCCAACUGGAAGAUUCCAUAACUCCAUUGGAGAGACAGCUAUAUUUCACAACGGCCCAUGCACAUUUCAAGGCUGGCUGUCCAGCACUAGCUUUGGAAGUUCUUAGUAAGCUACCAUCGAAGGUCAUUGAACAGGAUUCGACUAGUCAGCUGCAAAGCCCCAAUGACACCAAAAAGCAGUGUAAUUCAAUAGCAACGGGUAUUCUUGAUUGGAGCAAGACAAGUCAAGCCGAUUCCGGAAAGGAGACUUCUAAUUCAAUAGACUGGGGUGCUCCAGCCUCAUCAACGGCGGUAGAUUGGAGUACACCUGCUAGUGGUUUCGACUGGGGAGCUCCAGUUACGUCUCAGGUCUCCAAUAGCGCAGACGAGUUUAAAAUUGAGUGGGACGAGGAUGAAAAGAAUGAAGAUGACGAAGAUAGCGACGAAGGCAUUCAACUGAAGAAAUCUGAUGUCGAAGAAAAGAGUGACAUCGUUGAAGAGAACGAACCAGACUCAAAGGGUAGCUUGGACAUCAUGGCACAACAGCUCAAAUUUAUUGCAUGCUUGAAGAUUCUAAUGGAAGAGCUUUCAACAUUAGCUACCGGAUUUGAAGUUGACGGAGGUCAGCUGAGAUACCAACUAUAUGUGUGGUUGGAACGAGAAGUAGAAGCACUGAAGCAGCUUUGUAAUUACAGUAGUGGAGAUUCGGACAACACAGCUAUCGAGGACAAUAAUACAACUGAUGCAUUAGAUCGAGACACACCGGUGUUGUCGAAUAAAUUCCCGCACGACAAACCAACUUUGCAUGAAAUUUUAAUUCAGGAGAAACAAGACUUUGAAGCUAAAGUACAGCGCGCUGCUAGGAGGAAACGUUGGUUGAAAGCCAACGAGACACUAUUGAGGACAUUGUUAAGUUAUUGUUCUUUACACGGUGCCAGUGGAGGUGGUUUGGCAUCUGUCCGAAUGGAAUUGGUUCUGCUGUUGCAAGAGCUUCAACAGGAAAAGACCCAACAGCAGUUGCUAAGUCCAUUGCCAUUCCCGACUACUCUGCCUCUGUUAAGUGCUUGCGUAGCUGGCAACAAAACAGUAAUUGCGGACCCCUUGCGAUAUUUACAAUCACAUACUCACGAUAUGCUACAAACCAUGGUGGAUAUGAGAAACCCACCACAUGCUCAACGCACAGCUUUCCCGAAUGGUAUUUUUGUGUUGCGGGAUCUGGGAGUUGCUCUAUCUGCCUGUAUUUACCAAUCUCUCUGCGAUUCUGACACCUUCAGUGUGAAGCAAUCGACUGCUAGCGAAGGUUGCCACAGCCCGGGAAUGGAAACUAUCGCUAAAUUAAACGCCAGCUGCCAAAGCACACAUCUCAUGGCAAAUGCUGCAGCACACCAAAGACGACGCAAAUAUUCGACUGACGAACCACUCGCUGUAAGUACGCCUCCUUCCAAAUGGCCAGGUGUAACCAACCUCCGGGCGCUUCUGGCGCGCGAAAAGGAUGAAGACACACCACGUUUAAAUGUUCUAUUGUGUGAAUCAUUCGUUGCCACCUACAUGGCUCUUUUCGUGUACGCAUUGACCACCUGCGACUGUCACAUAUUGUAUCGAUUGGCCGGACAAAAUUUCACAGACUACACAUGGUCUACGCUGUACGGCGGAGGCGUUAAAAAACUUCUCCGUAAGGCUACGUCACAUGUGCAGGCUGCACAACAAGUCGUACAUGCGCAAGUCCAACAAGAAAGUCUGGAAAGCCCGGUGGCCGAUGGAAGCGUCUGGGGAGCGGUUACUUCACUAACGAAACAGCGAGUGAAACUGAACAUGAAAUUGCUUGGGCAUUUCGCUGGACCGCAAGGUCCAGCAAAUAUGAAGGAGGAUAAGCCUACUUAUCGCGAGCAGUUCGUUCCUCCGGAGAUGUCGAUGGUGGCGUAUUUCCUCACGAAACCGGUCCCAAGAGGUGACCCGGAUGAAGACGACUAUGAUUCCGCAGAUUCUGCGGUAUCAGAUUUAGACGAGGACGAAGACGACGAGGAUGUGUUCAACGACCCAUUGAACAAUGACCCGAAAGCCAACCAGGUGUCGGCAGCCGUUAGGAAGCAUCGAAGAGAAAACACAGAACACUCCAAUCCCAAUUCGUAUUCCUGGUGCGUGAUGCGGUUGGCAUUGAUACGGGUUGCACAAAAUCAUUUGCAAACAUUUAUCAAUGUAGCAGGGAUAGAAAUGCAAGAGCUACCGGUGUGCAGUCCUUUGAUCCACGGAAUCCUUCGUUCAUUGUCGUCUUGGCAGGAUUUACUGAAAGAAGAAUUAGAAAAUCGAGGCCCCGCAUCGGUUGAUUACAUUCCAGGCUGUUUUGUUGAGUCAGAAGCAAAAGGCCCCGCAAUUCAUAAGUACCGUUCACUGUUGGAAAAGUCCAAUACCCCGUUCAGCCCAUGUCUUUCAUCCGCUGCACCCGCUCGAAGGCUGUGGAACUAUCUGGUACGUAUCGAGCUUGUGCAGGACAUCUUCAUUCGAGCAGUAUUCGGUAAGAAAAAACCGUCACCCAAUCUGACCGACAACACGAUCGGUUCGAUUACCAAUUCGGCCAACGAUUCGGGCACGCCGAUCGCAAACGAAUCCGCAGUGGUCGCCGGUGGUCAAAUGCAGCCACAGAACAUUCCAGAACCAGUUAGAAUUAUACAUAAGGAUCAGGAGCAGAUUUCCGCAUUUUGUCUCAAUCUGGUGAAUCCAGGCUUGUUGGCGUUAGCCACUCCCAGAGAAGUGCAAGAAAUGGACAUUUCUCUGCUGCUGGAAUCACCCAACUGGAUGGAAGAUGAAUGCGAAAUGGACAUCAUGAAUCUAACCAAGGAUAUUGAAACGAUUCCGUCGAGUAACUUCUUGGUAAUACAAACCUCCACAGAUAAACAUUUAGUCAACCCGAGUAUCAACGCUGCACAAAACUUUGGUGUUCCAUCUAGUCCCCAACCGGGUAUAGCAGGACAGUCUGGACGUGGCGCGUCCGUGAUCAAAGGAGCAACGUUCCCUGGAAGUCAAUGUCCACGCUUCUGCAAACUGGUUAUUGAGCGUUCAAAGCACUUGCUGAAACCGGUGCUAAAACACAAGGUGGACAACAUCAAACGCAUGAGUGCCCAUCCGCUCAUGCCACUGUACCUAACCGGAGGUCAGGAUGGGUCGGUUCAGAUGUGGGAAUGGGGCCAUCAGCAGGUCGUUUGCACGCCGCGACCUCCCGGAACAUUUGCCAAGGUCACCCGUUGUCGGUUCUCUCAGCAUGGCAACAAGUUUGGUAUAGCCGACGGAGACGGCAAGCUGAGUUUGUGGCAGGUUGGAUUAGCUAGUCAGAGCAAUAGACCGUUCUUUACUUAUUUAUGCCAUAAUAAAGGAAUCACUGAUUUUGUGUUCCUCGGUUCAUGUAGCUUGGUGGCGACAGCGGGCCACAGCUCAGAAAGUAAAAAUGUUGCCAUAUGGGAUACCCUCCUGCCACAGAAAAAAGCUCUUGUGUCCGCCUUCACUUGUCACGACCAAGGUGCUUCUAGUCUAGCAUAUGCUCCACAACACCAAUUGUUGAUUUCGGCUGGAAAAAAGGGCGACAUAUGCAUAUUCGAUGUGCGUCAACGUGUACUUAGACACCGUUUCCAGGCUCACGAAAACCCGAUCAAAUGUUUGGCCAUUGAUCCGCACGAGGAACAUUUUGUAACAGGAUCAGCCGACGGUGAUAUAAAGGUCUGGGGUCUUACGGUUCACACGCUGCUGUAUACCUUCCAAGGUGAGCACGCGCGUAGCAGCUUCUUCAAACACAUUGGCCAAGGUGUGACGCAGUUGCAGAUCGACCAAGGUGGUCGCCUCUUUUCCUGUGGUGCUGAUGGUUCCAUGAAGGUUCGGCUCCUGCCGGACCGGGAAUCAAUUGUCCGUUCGCUGUAUUAGUUAACUAGUCUAGUGAAGUCAGGAACAGAUCGCUGAUAACAUUAUUGAUAAAAACCGAUACUAUACAGGACGUUGCGAUAAAGUAUAAAACAAAAAAUAACUACACUGUGUUUAAAAUUUACGAAGCGAAACCUCUCCUUGUAAGUGUUAUUGUAUUUGUAACGAACAAUGAGAACUUCAUAUAUCCAUAUUUAUAAAAAUAAUAAAGCAUCGAGUAUUGAAAAGUUUUAUCCUCAGAAAAUUCACCAUAUUUUAAACACAAUGGAGGACUAUUCCAACUUUUUUUUUUCAUCUAAAUUGUUAUCUAACAAAUCUACCAAUUAAGAAACUCUCAAGUUACACAUUAUUAUUGUUCAUGCUCUUUAAACCUAUCGCUGUUGAAAAUACUGAUGGAGCGUCAAAUAUCUGACAUCAGAAAAAAAUCAUUCUUACCGCUGACAAUACCCAGAUUAAGAUGUAUUAAAUAUUAUUGAAUAAAGGAAAAUACCAAAAAAUGAAUAGGAAAAUGGAUAAUAGGAACAUAUGUUGAAACAAAUGAAAUAAUAUAGUGGAAUGCAAGCGUUUAUCUAGAGAAGGUACGCAAUAAAAAGUAGCUAUCUAUACAAUGAUAUUCUUAAAAACGAAAUUAAACCUUCUCACAUUAGCUAACGCUUAUUUGAAAUAACGCCGAUAUUGUGGUUUGGUUUCUUAAUAUUCGCAUUACACGAACUAAAAUCAUUGGGUGAUAUGCUGAUUUCUUACUUUUAUUUGCUUAUUGCAGCGUUCGCUUAACAUUUUCAAUUCAAUGGCUUGUGUGUUUCAAUUGUCCAUAUAACUAAAAUUUAUCUCGUUGGCUUGACUUAACACUGUAAUCAAAAUCAUUUUAUUACUAAACUGUUGUUGACAUGAAUGAUGAGUCAAAUAACCCCCACAAGUAUUCAAAACUAAUACGACACAAUCACACGCUGCACCUAAAUACAGUUUAGCAUCAUAUUAACACUUAAAAUACACCAUACACCUGUAUUGAAGUAACUAAAUCUGUUAUAUACAAAAUCCACCUAUUUACAAUAAAACUAUGUAAUAACUGCUAGCGAUUAACAAACAAAAUAUAUUAACGAAGCAUUAUUUGGGAGCCGAAAGUGUGAACGUCACAUGAAGGAUAUGUGCAAAAUAGUUGAAAACAACAAACGAAUAAUGCGAAAAGUAAAAUUUAGGGAAAUUUUAUUUAUUUAUGAAUAAAUGUUUAUCGUUGA